CCCAAAAAGCAUCAUUUGACCCCUUCUCGACAUCGCCGCUCUAUUGAAUUAACUAAUGAUUGUGAUGAUUCAAUUUCUCUUCCCAGUAGAUCUGAAUAUAUCUCCUUAGCUGUCUCUCUCUUAGGAGUUCCUGGAUUGGCUGUACGCAAUAGUAGAAAUAUUAAUUCUCUAGCUUGUUCUGCAGCAAAAGCGCUGAACUAUACUUCUCAAGCCCUUCACCUUCUGAAUAAAGAGCAAAGUGAACUCCAGCAUGGGCUUUUACAGAACCGCGCCGCGAUAGAUUACUUGCUGAUGCUUCAUCAUUAUGGCUGUGAACAAGUGAAUGACAUGUGCUGUUUCAAUAUUACUGACAAUUCUAGAGCCAUUCAAAGCCAAAUCUCUCAUUUGCAAAAUCUUACACAUCACAUUAAACAGGACGUUGGAUUUUCUGGCCUCUGGGAUUCUUUCACCCAGUGGCUUACUGCUUGGCUGCCUAACCUUACUUGGCUUCGUAGUCUCUUUCAAUAUGCUAUUUUCAUAAUUUGUAUUCUUAUUUUACUAUGCUGUUUCCUUCAAUGCGUUCCUAGCCUCAUGAGUCUUUUCUCUCGGCUUCUCUCUCCCCCUCAACCACCCAGUAAACUCCUUGCUGCUUACAUUGCGAAAUGGCAACACCAACAGUAAACCUUAGGGGAGAUGUGGGCGGAUUUAUUUUGGGCAUGCGCUGGCAAACCACGUAUCCUGAAGUAUUUUUGUCCCAUCGACCCUGGCAAGCUUAUUUCGGGCAUUCGCUGGCACACCACUAAUCCCGAAGUAUUUUUGCCUUAUCCACCUGGAACGCCUCGCAAACAAGAAAAGAAAGGGGGAGAUGAAGGGAAGUUUUCUUUCUGCAGUUUCUCUUACUGCACAUAACUGUGGCAUUGUGGGAAGUCUUACUAUGAAAUCUUGCUAUGCUUACUAUGAGAACUCUUGCUUCUUUCCUCUUGGAUUCUGGGAAGUCUCGCUUCUGCUCCUGCACAUACUGUUCCAAACACACCAAGCUCAGACACACCCAGACAUUCUCUCAUUCUUCAGUUCAUUUCAAGUUCAUGUACAAAACAACAUGGUCUGUUCUUAAUGCAUAGCUGACCACAUCUACGGAACUUCAUUAUUAUAUUCUUUCAUGUUAUGAUCAAUCAUUUGUAAUUGUUUUAGUCAUGUUAUAUUAAUCUUUAGUUAUAAUUUAAUUAGGAGGAUUCAUGCCUGUCUAGUUCCAGCCCCAUUUCUCAUCCUUUGAUCUAUCAGUAAUAAAUGGUUGUAUCUAAUUCCCGCCUUGUACCUAUGUUAACCAAUCAGCAACAAGAUGCUUUGUGUUUGUAUCAACCAAUCAGCCACAAGCACACCUGUGGCAAUGUUUGUAAUAUUCAAUAAAAGAGAGUUCCCGGGGCUUGCCCCGGCAGACGCCUCUCCUAUGACACCUACCACUCGUCUGUCGUGAUUUCAACCCAACAAGCAAGAAUUGGAAAAAGAAAAAUUGAGGGCUGAGCAGGAAAGGGAACAGCAGCAGUUUCAGUUAGAGAUGAGACGGUUGGAAUUAACGGUUUUGGAAAAUUGAAAUAAUAGUAAUAACACCGAUGGGCAGAAUCAAAUGAAGAUAGAUUUAAAAUGCUUUCCUGAGUUUAGAGAUAAGGAUAGCCCAGAAGCAUUUUUAGUAUCCUUCGAGAGGGCCUGUCAUGAUUUUCAAGUGAGAGAGUUAGAUAAAAUGAUGAUCUUGAGAGCUAGAAUAAGUGGUCCUCUAGCCGAAAUAUAUGCACAAAUGACUGAGGAACAAUCCCAAAAUUUUGAGGUGUACAAGCAGUUACUAUACACCCACUUUGGGAUUACCUCAGAGGAGUUGAGAAAAAAAUUUACAAGUGUGACAAAGGUGAGGGAGGAAACCUAUGCACAGCUUGGUGCAAAGAUAAAAACUUACCUGGUUAGAGCAAGAGAAUGCAGACACGGUACCUAAGAUUAGGGAAGUGAUAGCGUUGGAGCAAUUUUACGACACAAUAAAUGGCCAAUUGAAGUACCUGAUAAACGAAAGGAACCCCAAGACAAUAGAGGAAACAGCUGGUUUAGCUGAUAAAAUAAAUGAAAUCAGAGACCACGGAUUUGAUGGGCCAAAAUUUGGUGGGAGAUAUUGGGAAACAAACAAGAAUAAAUUUCAGCAAACCAAAGGAAAGAGUACCUCAGAAACCGAUAAGAGAAGUAGCCCCUCAUCAAAAAGCCAACAUGAGAAGGCAUACACCCAUACGGAGUUUACUGAAGGAAAGUCAAUAAAACAAGUUAUGCAGGACCCAAAGACAUUUCAUGCUGGAGAUGUGGAAAAUUAGUUCAUAAAAGUUUUGAUUGUAAAACAGGAAAAGAAAUGUCUAGUUGUAGCACCACACAAAAACAGAUGUAUUGUAUCCAGCCUGUGGAGCAGGGCCGGACUAGUGAGGUUGUCAAGGGAACCGACAUGCCACCUAGGCCUGAGCCUGCUAAGGUAGUAAAUACCAAAGUCCUGCACUGUUAUGCGAUUCAACAAGAUAAUCUCUUGUUAAAGAAUUGUGGAGAGUAUAUCUGGGUAGAUGGAAAAAGAUAUAUUGGGUUAAAGGACACGGGAUCACAAGUCACUAUAGUCCACCCAGAGGUAAUCAGGGCUGAUGCCAUAAUUCCAGGAAAUUUUUUUUUAAAAAGGCAUUUCGAAACAAGCAGAGAUCCUAAAGGUGGCAUAAAUAGAUGUCAGGUUCAAAAACUGGGCAGGGAAGUGGCAGGUAGCCCUUUCGGAAUAAAUUCCCACCCCUGUGCUCAUUGGCUGGGACAUUUUAGAACAUGUGCAGAGUACUUUCAUAGUUACCAGAGCAAAAGGGAGCCUACAGUCACCUAAUGCUGAGGGGGUGGAUACAGUAGCAGAGGCAGACAAUGCUGGACGACAGCAAGGGGAUAAUCGGUGUGAGGAAAGAAAAGACACCUUUUUGUUUCCUUUGACUAAAAGUCAAACCCCAGGUUUUGCCAAAAACCAAAAAGAUGAUACUGAGUUACAAAUGUACUUUGAGGCAGCCGAGUAGGAGAGGCCGUUAACUCCUGAGUGCCCAGAAUGUUUUUGUUUGAGCAAGGACCUUUUAUAUCAAGAAGUCCUUGCCCCACCAUCCAGGCGGGGUUAAGAAGGGAGAAGACAGUUAGUAAUCCCACAUGAAUAGCAGGGCAAAAUCCUGCAGCAUGCUCACAAUAGUGUAUUUGGAGCGCAUAUGGGUAUUACACGUACAAAACGGAGAGUGGCUCAAAAAUUUUAUUGGCCAGGCAUGGGGAAACAAAUAAAACAAUACUGUCAAGCCUGUGACACAUGUCAGAGAAGAGGCACCGGUCAAGACAAAACAGCCAAAUUGUGCCCCUUGCCUAUCAUAUCAACCCCUUUUCAACGGUUAGGCCUGGACCUGAUAGGGCCAUUGCUUAGAGCCAGCAGGCGGGGAAACAGAUACAUCCUCACCAUAGUGGAUUACACAACCAAAUAUCCAGAAGCCAUUCUGUUGCAAAAUAUUGAAAUGGAAAUGGUGACAGCCUCUUUAAUUAACUAUAUGAGUAGGUUGGGCUUUGCCAGUGAAAUAGUCACUGACUUGGGUUCUUCUUCCACAUCAAGACUAAUGAAUAGACUAUGGGAAGUGUGUGGUAUUAAGCAUUUAACAUCAACACCUUACCACCCUGAAACUAAUAGAUUAGUUGAAAGAUUUAAUGGAACCCUAAUGAGAAUGAUUAAUGCCUAUACCGCAGAAAAUCCCAAUGAUUGGGACAACAAGAUACAACCACUACUGUAUGCAUAUAGGGACGUACGCCAAGAAAGUACUGGGUUUAGCCCAUCUGAAUUAUUGCUGUGAUGUAAAGUAAAAGGGCCCCUGGACUUACUUCGCAUGAAUUGGGAAGAACAGUGAGAUCAAGAUCCAGAGUCCAUUGUGGAGCAUUUGUUUAAUUUGCAGAAUACCUUAAAGAGAUCCCUAGAGUUAGCGGGGGGGGGGGGUUUAAAAAGUGCCCAAACCAAGCAAAAAAACUGGUAAGACAAGAAGGCAUGGGUAAGGUCAUUUACACCUGAAAGUGAAGUAAUGCUGCUGAGACCAAUUAAAGGAAACAAACUACAAUUAGCUGGGGAAGGACCAUAUAAAAUAGUGGCCAAAAUGAAUGAAGUAAAUUAUGUGAUCCAACAAGGAGAGUAAGGGUGGAAAGUGGUGCAUGUAAAUAUGAUCAAACCUUAUUUUAGAAUAGAAAACUGGGCAUUGUAUGCCCUACAAGAGGACCCAUGUGAACCAGACAUACCAUGUUGGUCUGAUGUACUGUUAAUUAAGUUAAUCUGGUAUUUUAUUCAUUCGUUUUUGGCAGGAAGGGGAGUCGUUGUGUUUCAACCUGGUCACCCCCUUAAGGCAGGUGCCACAGAAAGAAUGUAGUUGGUCAAGGGGGCCUUGGAUUCAAAAAGGUUGAAAACUUCUCCCCUAGUGGUUACAAUUUGUUCAAGUUUGCUCCUGCACCAAUAGUGUUUUCCCUCUGCAAGGAUUUUUAAUAGUGCACCAGGGAAUUAUAUGCAAUUCAAACAAAUUGGAAGUUCAAGAUGUAUUAAAAAGUCCACUUCAAUGGGACUGAAUUAUACCUUAAGUGACAGAUUGCUCAGAAUUGCUCCUAGAUACUUGGUCUGUCCUUCAGAUCCCUUGGUGUAUUCCUAGACUCUCUCUAUGUUGAAGGAUCUGUGGGAACGCAGCACAGCUUAAGUUAUCUAAGGGAUUUCUUUUUCCUCCAUAGGUAUUUAAGACUUGAUAGGGCUAUAUUUUCAAAGCUGAGGUGAAAUCUGAAAGGAGCCGUGGCUUUUAAUAAGAUAAAUAUUGCUUAUUCCACUACAUUAAUUUCAGUUACAAACAGCUGUGCAGGACAACAUCCUUACCUGAAUUUUUAACUGGGUGAGUAGAAAGAAUAAGACAGCUAAUUGGUAGUUGAAAAUAGUAACAGUGGAAAAAUAGUAUAUAUUAUAAGUAAAUUGAUACAAAGAGAGCAGUAAAUAGUUUGUAAGUGGCUCUAUUUUCCAGUGUGUUUCAGAAUAUAAACUUUGAGAGAAUUCAACUUUUUGUAUUCUCCUGAAGCAGUUCCAGCUUCCUGAUAAGGCAAUGGGCCAUUAAAGGGAACAAAGAAUGUGGAUCUGUACGAGACAGCAAAUGGGGCCCCUUCUCCAUUUAGAAAGACAAAGUAUUUGAUUAGAAGUGGUGUGAGCUAGAAGUGAUAUAAAUGUUAAUGACAAGACCCCUCCAUUGUAGUCUCAAAUUGUGUGUGUGUGUGUGUGUGUGUGUGUGUGUGUGAGAGAGAGAGAGAGAGAGAGAGACUACUGCAUUAAAAAUAAAUUAGUGAAAUUGAACAUAUCAUUUUGUGAUGGAUAAGUAAAGAGUACGUUAUGAAAGUCAGUUUGUAUAUACUGUAUAAGUGUUCAACUUCAUCAUAUUAUGGCAGGAACACAUUUUCCCCUCCCUCCAAUACUACUUUAUAGUAAUUUAAACAAUGGGAAAUUUUUUAUUCUAGAAUAUAAUUCACAUGCUUUCUUUACUUUUCAAGACCUUUUAAGAUUUUGUUUUUAAGUUCCUGUGGCAUGGUUGGUGGUUUUAUUGUGCACAUUCUGGUUCUGUGCUGCGUGUAGUGUUUUGUAGUGUGUUUGUUUGUGUGUCUGGAGGGGCAGUGAUCUCACUUUCAUGAUACUUUGUGUUUUAAAGUGUAUAGGUUUUAUUUAUUAUUCUAUACAAUAACGUUUUAUAGUUUUACUUUGUGGACAACAUCAUAUAUGUGAUGAUGUACCUCAUAAAGAGAAUGAAAAAUGAUAUUUUUUCCUUCUUUUUAGAGGCAUAUGCAUAAUGUUGAAAUCAUUAUUGACAGAGGCUUUAAAAAAAUCAAAUUCUAAUUUAACUUAAUUUAAUCUAUCAAUUGGAAGGAGAAGGCAUGUAGCCUGAUUUACUCUAUGCAGCUCAGGUGGCUUCAGUGGUUUGGCAUGCCUAUUGGCAUGUGCAGCUGGUUUGCUGGCUGCCACCAUUCCUAGAUUGGAAUAAUCUAGGAUCAAUAAUCCCUGCCGUAGUAACCUCCCAAGUAGAGUAUUGUGACUCACUCCAUAUGGGACUGCCCUUGUAGAUAGUCCAGAAGAUGCAACUGGUAGAGCAAGCAGCCACUAGUGUCCUAAGCAACAUGAGACCCAAACACCUCAAAAGUACCUUCCCCCUGUAUCAGCCUUCCAGUGACUAAGGUCCAAUGGGAAGGCUAUCCUUGUUGUCCCACCAAUCGUUUAGGUUCACAAUAUACAGUAGUAACAUGGAACAAAACCUUAUCUAUAGUGAUAGCCCACUUAGGGAACACACACACUACUGGGCUGUUUGAUGAUACCGACAGAAAAAGGUAGAUAAAGUGAGGUUUAAACAGAAGUCAAAAGCAAGUAAUAAAUAAAUCAGUGAGGGUACUGGGUGAGCCUCCAUUUGGAAAGUAUUUUGUUAGCAGAUAGCAACAAUGAAGAAGGAUCUUUUCACUUUACAAGGUAGUGAGAGUCAGUGAUAUUUUUCUAGAAAAAGAGGUGCUGGAAUUCACUAUGAAUGUCUCCCUUCAUCUUUUAGAAUGGCUAUGGUGAUCUUAAUACUAUUAUGUAUAUAGUACAUUAAUUGAUUUACCCUGUAUCAUGAAGACUAUGCAGUAUACAAUCAUUAGUUUAGAGAAAUGGGCAAAUCUGUCUCUAUAUACAUAUCUCCCAAGGGAAGAACAGAAAGAGGCCCUACAGCGUUCUAUUUGCAAAUAGAGUUGAUAUUGCCUCUAUCAAAUACACAAGUUAUUAUAAAGAAAAAGACUACUUUGGGAAUUUAUAUGUUUGCUUGUUUAUAUUCCUCAUUAUGAAGCAGUUGCCUUUGGUGAUAUAUUUCUGUAUGACUUUGCAUCUUGCUAUUAUAUCACUACCCUUUCGAUUCGUUUGCUGAGGAACUCAGUUCGGGUAAGUUCCAGCUUUAAAAAAGCCCCAGUCAGAGUAUUUGGGGGGGGGGGGAGUCCUGACAGAUAACAGGUUGAUGGGAAAGGUGCACGGGCAGGUUCAUGUUGGAUAUAUACACACACACAGCAUCACAUAAUAUAAUAUUGUAUCAUUUCCUGGUGGAUAAUGAAUCUGUUAAUUUGGCUAUUUGUUUGAGCAGUUAAAAGAAGAUUGAUGGGAAAUACAAAUGAAAGAUCGCAAAAUGGAACAAAAGUGAUGGAAUUCAUCCUUCUUGGCUUCCCGGGAUCUCAGUAUUUACAGAUGUCCAUCUUCAUGCUCUUUCUUAUCAUGUAUGUGAUGUCACUGCUGGGAAAUGUGGCCAUCAUCAUUCUGGUAAUAGCAAAUCGUCGUCUCCAUACUCCCAUGUACUUCUUCCUAUGUAAUCUCUCCUUCCUAGAAAUAUGGUACACUACAGCUUCUAUCCCUAAGACUCUUGCCAUCUUUCUGGGGAGGAGCAGAAGCAUCUCUUUCACUGGCUGCAUCCUUCAGAUGUACUUUGUGUUUGCCUUUGGAUGCACAGAAUACUUCCUGCUGUCUGUCAUGGCGUAUGACCGAUAUUUGGCCAUAUGUGAUCCCCUGCACUAUAGCACCAUCAUGGACAACGAGCUCUCCAGGAAGCUGGCAGCUGGCUCCUGGCUAUGUGGUUUCCUCAUUAUUUUUAUACCGGCCUUUCUAAUCACAAGAUUGUCUUUCUGUGGCCCCAGUGUGAUCAAUCACUUUUACUGCAACAUUGAUUCCUGGAUAGUUCUUUCCUGUACCAAUACCCAUGACAUUGAGAUGGCAGCUUUUGUAAUAUCCAUCAUUGUCAUAUUGGGCUCCUGUCUGAUCACCUUUCUUUCCUACAUAUGCAUUAUCACCACUAUCCUACGCAUCCCUUCUGUGCAAGGUCAACAAAAAGCCUUCUCCACAUGCUCGUCCCAUCUUGCUGUAGUGCUCAUUUGGUAUGGCUCCACCAUCUUUCUUUUUGUCAAACCUUCUAAGCGGACAUCCCUAGAAAUGACCAAAAUUGUCAACAUCUUGAACACAAUUGUUACUCCAUUGCUGAAUCCAUUCAUCUACACACUACGAAAUAAAGAAGUGAAGGAUGCAAUCAGAAGUUCAUUGCAUUAGGCUUAUGGUCCCAACUGCCUUAACGGAGGCAUCCCCCACAACAGCUUGUGAUCGUCGGUGAACGAAAAACAAGGAUGACAGAGGGUAAAUCAUCCUUGCAAACUCCCCAGAGGGACAGGGGAAAUGGGCUUCACUCACAGCUCAUCUUGGUACCUGGCUUUUGCUUGGAAUAUGGGAGGCAGGGAGUCACCGAGUGCAAAAGCACUUCACCUGGCGAAACCCCUCCUAUGACUCCAUUAAGAAGCAGAGGUUCUCCAUUUAAUUGGAUCUUUAAUUGGCUUUAAAGUACAGGCGCGUGAUGCAAAAGGGUUGCAAAAACAUACGGUCAAAUAUACCAGCUACAUGGAUCAAAGGUUUGAAUUGAGAUAAGAUUUUCUUCGGCAUAAGAGUCAAAUGGGGAGAAGGAAGCCACAGUUUGUUUAUUCUAAGUUUCUUUUAUAUAUUCAUGAUUCGGCAAUCUGGAAUAUAAGAUAAAAAUAUAUUUACAAGUGAGGAAGGGACAUUGGAGUAAUGUUGAUAUUAACAAGCAAAAAUAGAAAUUGUGUGUGAUUUGAAAUGAAGAAAGGAAGGGAGGGGUAGCUCAAGUAUGACUAUUGGAAAGACAGAGUAAUCCUCCUCACCUCUGCUUAAAAGCAACAGACAAGGAAAAAGAGACUGAGAUUUAUGUGUGCUACUGAUGGAAUGUAAUCUAAGAUAAAGUUUAAUUGGGCCAUAAAUCUCUUGCUGGAAGGAAAAGAAUUUGGAGGCUGCAGAGAUUCUGGGAGUUGGAAAGGAGUAUUAAAUCUUCAGCUUCUUCAAAAAUUGCUCACCUUUUCCUAGGCUGAGGGAAAAAUGGUGACAUGUUUUACUAGUGAGACAGAAUGUGUUUUAGCAGACUCAGGGCUGUCUUUACUCAGGGUUGCAAGGGGUGUGGGGCACCUGGGCACCAAAUUCUGGGGUUUACCUACUGUAUAUGGUCCCCCUCAAUUGGUGACAGUGAAAAGCAAUGGAGCGAUAGUCCCCCCCCCCCUCGUCGCUCUGUUACUCCAUAGCACCAAAUACUCCCAAAGAGUCAGGAAACAAAAGCAAUUAUUUCCGCUGCGUCGUUACAGGUGAGCUAUUCCCCCCCCCAACUUUGAGUUCACCUCUCCCCAAAAAGGUCAACAACUUUGGCUCCCCCCUCCCCGAAAAAGCUGAAUAAAUGUUAAUUUGGGGGUGGCUAAACUAAAUUUGGGGCCGCUGGGCAGAUUUUUGCACCCCGGCGGCGCAUAUGCUAAAGACGGCCCUGAGCAGACUGUUCCCUGUUCUGAGACAUCGAAGCAAGGGAUGGAGAGAUAAGACCUCUGAGAAACUUCAAGAUUCAGUUCUGCCCCAAGCCAUGAUGGGAGAAAACAACAGCUGGGAAGUGAAAGAGACAACAUACUAUAUGGACAGAAGGAAUCUCCAUGGAUAUAACAGUUUUCACAUGCAGAGCAGAAUAAAGAUAAUAGUUUGAGUUCCUCACAUGAAGCUUUAUAAAUUUAUAUAUUGUAACAUCACAAAUGUAAAUCAUUAAUUAUGUAGCUGUUGACUAAGGGAUUAUUAUUGUAACUGAAAUGUAGCUGACAUUAAUUAAGAUUGUGAAACACAGUGAUAUAAGAUCGGAAACGCACCCAAACUAUCACGUGGGGAGCCACUUUAACUGGAGAUUGAUUGGGACUUUGAUAAGUGUAUAAUUGGGGAAUUAAUUGUUAUUGUUAUAAUUUGGCU